AUGAUGUCAUUACGUUUCCCACAAUGCCUCAGCAGCAAAACAACGCACGCGCCGUACGCAUUUCUCAAGCGUCUCUCAAAGAUGGCGGGUGUCCCCGAUCCACUGGAAGAUAUGCUCUAUUCCGAAGUGGACGAAAAAGCCGUCAGUGACCUCGUAGGCUCGUUAGAAUCGCAAUUGGGUGGACAAAACAAGACAGUCGGUCCUCAAGGCGACGCCAGGAGAGCUUCGAACGCGCUAAAUCCACACUUAGGGAAAUUACUGCCCGCCCAAGUAGGAACAACACUGGAGCAGCAGCGGCAAGCAGAACGAAACCAGGAGGGAAACUCUCAAGAAAACGGUCCGGACAGGAUACCGGCAUCCAAUUCUGUCUCUGCCACCGCGAACCUGCCCGCGAACACUUCUGCGAAUUUGGUUCCCGCCGCGAACCGGGCGCAAUAUCAUUCAUCAAAUCCAUCAACUUGUUCAAGUGACGCAGCAGCACCAACAGACUCUCAUCCCAACACAAAUCACAUUGCGUCUGCUGUCCGGACGGUUCCCGCCAGAACACAGCCCGUGAACGGAAGCAGUAGCACGUUAAACUCUUCUGUUAUCGCUUCUGCUCCUGCUUCUGUGAACGGUAUUGACGUUGGUUCAGGUGGAGGUAGUGGUAAAAGCAACAUGUCUGCUCCUACUAGUACAAAUACUGCUUUUGUGCCCGCUCAGCCCAACAGCACACUGCCACAUGCGAAUGUGUCACUAGAUAGUCAAGCAAAUCCCACCAUAGCACUGCACAGGCCUCCUAACACCAUCACUAGUGUCGUCCACAACGGAGGUGACCCUAAAGUCUCAGGAUUGCCCGUGCAGGGGGCUGCUCUUGUGCCCACCCCUGUGGUGUUCACAAACACUGAGCCCAAAUCUGACCCUCAAAACCAGAUUAAAGCCAUCGUCCCGAAUCAGCUCCCAGGGGCUCCUGUAGGGUUGCACCCCAGCACACCCACUCAAAUAAUUGUGUCGUCCAGUCCUGUGGUGACCUCACUUCCUGUGGCAAGCACCCCCUCUGCCCUUCCAAAGCCAGCAGCAACUGCUCUUGUAGGACAACCUACCACCCUGUUGAGACCCGCUACGCCCACUCAAGUGACACCAACUGCGACACCCCAACAGCGCCCGGGGGCUCCUACGACCCAGCUGAUUGUCAGACCGCCACAACAAACAACCAUUCAGUUACCACCGGGAUUCACCAUACCACCAGGAAUGGUGCUGGUCCGUACAGAGGCCGGUCAGCUGGCGUUGGUUCCUCAGCAGGUCUUGGCUCAGGCCAAAGCUCAGAACCAAAAUAAAGGCACUCUGUCCCCGAGACCUGCUACACCCACUGCUGGAGCACCUUUCAGAGUCACCACACCUGUCGCCCAGCAGAAGACAGCAGUGGUAACCAUUACCUCGGCUCAGAAGCCCACCACCACAGUCAUUACAGCAGGAGCACGUGUGCAGCCUGCCCCACAGACAGUCCUCAAGCCCUCCGUGACCCCUCAGAGUCCCAGCACCCCUCCUGUCACUGUCCAGGCUAACAGAGCCCCUGUCCUCUCUCAGGAAAUGCAAGAGAAUGUAAAGAAGUGCAAGAACUUCCUAGCAACGCUCAUAAAACUGGCAUCCCAUAAUUCCCCCUCACCAGAAACAUCUCGUAACGUGAAAGCACUAGUACAGGAUCUGCUGGAUGCAAAAAUUGAGCCAGAGGAGUUUACAAAUCGCCUGCAGACGGAGUUGAAAUCUUCUCCUCAACCGUACCUGAUCCCUUUUCUGAAGAAAAGCCUGCCUGCUCUGCGUCUGACCCUUCUGAACUCCCAGCAGUCUUUAACUCAGCUGUCUCAGACCUCUGCUACAGCAGCAGCAUCUCUGCCGGUCAACACCAUUAAAGCUCCGGCACCGAGCACGUUACCCACUACCAUCAGACCCACCACUGCCCUCACGCCCGCCGCAGCACUGGCUGUCAAGAGGCCUGGAAUUCAGACAACUCAGACACGGAUGCCGGUGGUGAUUACACAGGCGGUUCGUGCUCAAGGUGCUAUUGGGACACCCUUGCAAGUGAGGAGCCCCAUGGGUGUGGCCAUUCAUGCCUCGGCCAAUCAAAAACAGAAGCUCAAUGACCCCGGGGGCGGGACUUUCAGGGAUGAUGACGACAUCAAUGACGUGGCAUCCAUGGCUGGUGUGAACCUGAACGAGGAAAACGCCCGUAUCUUGGCCACGGGUUCAGAGCUGGUGGGCACCCAGAUCCGCUCCUGUAAGGAUGAGGCCUUCCUUCCUGCCAGCCUGCUCCACAAACGACUCCUCGAAACCGCCAAGAAGUUCGGUGUGACGGAGGUGUCAAUGGAGACGGUCACUCUCAUUUCUCACGCCACUCAGUCCAGGCUGCGCUCCAUGCUGGAGAAAGUGUCGGCUGUUGCGCAACAUAGAGCCGAUUCAUGUAAAGAUGAAGAUCUGUACGAGCAGGCGUCAGAUGUUCGGACCCAACUGAAGUUCUUCGAGCAGCUGGAGAAGAUCGAGAAGCAGAGGAAAGACGACGAGGAACGGGAGCUGCUAAUGAAAGCCGCAAAAAGUCGCUCGAGGCAGGAGGAUCCCGAACAGGCCAGGCUGAAGCAGAAAGCUAAAGAGAUGCAGCAGCAGGAACUCGCCCAGAUGAGACAGCGGGAUGCCAACCUCACAGCCCUUGCCGCCAUUGGACCCCGAAAGAAACGCAAGCUCGACUCUCCUGGGGCCUCAGCAGGUGCAGAGCUUCCUGCGGGCUCCUCCGGAUCAGCGACUGGUUCUACCUCAUCCUCUUCAUCCUCAGUCCGGCAGACCCGUCAUCGCAUCACCCGGGUCAACCUCAGGGACUUGAUCUUCUGCUUGGAGCAGGAACGAACCACGGCCAGGUCCACGCUGCUCUACAAGGCCCUUUUGAAGUAGCACGCUAGUGCUAAUGGUACUCCUGCUUGUCCCUCAGUAACGCGUUCAAGUCUUCCUCUUCCUCUCUGCAUUCAUUUCCAGUCUGUGCCUUCAGACUCACCUGUGGCAUAAACUCUUUGAGUACUAGAGUGUUGCUGUAAAUCUUCCAAACGUUGGUGUUCUGGGGAUGAGAAGGUUCUGGAAAAGCCCGCACGGAGGCGGCUGUGGACAUCAUGUGAUAUUUCCUCCCCUCCGGGUCGCCCUUUUUAAUGCUUUUAUUUCCCCUUUGUUUCGGAUUAAUGAGCCAUCCUUUUUGAGCAAUGUUGAUCUUUUUAUUCAUUAACUUGACCUCGGACUGGUUUUUACGUUUCAGGAUAGAGAUUUGUUUUAAACGGAUAGCGGCUGGACGACUUGUUUUUAAUGGAACGCCUCAUUUGCAAUAGACACUGGAAAUGUGAAUGCAAAAGCUCCUGGUUUUUAGAAGUCUAACGAGUCGGAGGUAUUUUUAGUAACUUAUAAGUAGCGCAUCUUUAAGUCUCUGAGGGAACGGCAUCUAUUUUUUUUUUUUUUUUUUGUUACUGAUUUAUGCAAAAUGAAGAAACUCUGUGUUGUAAAACACUGACUGUCUUUCAUCCUAUUGGAUGGUCUUUUGAACUUCAGUGACGGUUUUGUCUCGCACACUCAGUGUGGGGUUCUAGGUGUGUACGGUUUCACUAGUGUCUGUGUUAAGUAUACUGUGAAAUGGUGCCUUAUAUGGCCCUCCUGGGGCACCAUUGUUUUUAAGCAAAUCCACGGCAUGGAAUUCUCCAAUAUGCUAAUACUAAUAUGCAUCGCUUCAACAACGAUUCUAGAGCAGGAUCUCUCGUAACUUAUUUGUGGAGAAAUGGCAGGUUGUACGUUUCGUUAAUUUGACCAUUUUGUUUUUUAAUUAAGUACAUUAAAAAUGGGGUGGCUUUGACAGACUGCAGUAAUGAUUUUAAAAUACUAAUGUUGCAUUUUGAAUCCUGUAUUUUUGUGUUUUGAAAUUCACGUUGGCUAUAAAUUUAGUAUCCGUCAUCGGGCAUUAUUUUAUGUCUCAAGUAUUUGUAUACUGCCCUUUAUGACAUGCAGUAGGAGAGGAAGAGACAUUGACAUUUACGUUUUGGCGUUUGUACAGAUAUGUAUGUUGGGAGAUGGUCAACGUUCAUGUCACGUGCAAUGAUUCCUUUGAAUCUUUUUCCAUCUCUCUGACUGCUUUUAAUCCAUAUUGUUUGUGCUGGCGUUUGGACAAACAGUAUUGCUGAUCAAGGGAUUGUCUUUUGUCUAAAAAAACAUAUCUAUUAGAAUUUCUAUUUUUGCUAAAUUUAACAAUUUUUGAAUGUUUGGUUGGUUUGGAAAAAAGUGCUCAUCUCUAUUAAAUUUGUACUUUUGUAAAAGAAUAAAGUUCCUAAUUAUA